GGCGAGUUCGGCUCGCCCCGCCCCCACCGGCUGCCCGGCGCGGCCCUCCAUGUGCGGUCGGCCGGCCGGGCUCUCCUCCCGCAGGCGGAUGGGUGACCUCUUCCCGGCGCGGGCAGGCUGUGCGAGGCGGCCGAGCGGGCGAUGAAGAAGAAGCAGCAGCAUCCCGGCGGCGGCGGCGGCGGCGCGGAUGCCUGGCCCCAUGGGGCCCCUCUGGGGGGCGCCCCUCCGGGCCCGGGCAGCUGGAAGCGCCGGCUCCCCCUGCUGCCUUUCCUGCGCUUCUCCCUCCGGGACUACGGUUUCUGCAUGGCCACCCUGCUGCUCUUCUGCCUAGGCUCCCUCUUCUAUCAGCUCAGCGGGGGACCCCCGCGCUUCCUGCUGGACCUGCGACAGUAUUUGGGAAAUUCCACUUACUUGGAUGACCAUGGGCCACCUCCUAGUAAGGUACUACCAUUCCCGAGCCAGGUGGUAUACAACAGAGUGGGCAAGUGUGGGAGUCGCACUGUGGUCUUGCUUCUGAGGAUCUUGUCUGAGAAGCAUGGAUUCAAUUUGGUCACUUCAGACAUUCACAACAAAACCAGGCUUACUAAAAAUGAACAAAUGGAACUGAUUAAAAAUAUAAGUACUGCCGAACAGCCCUAUUUAUUCACUCGACAUGUUCAUUUCCUCAACUUCUCAAGGUUUGGAGGAGACCAGCCUGUCUACAUCAACAUCAUUAGAGACCCCGUCAACCGGUUUUUAUCCAACUAUUUUUUCCGUCGCUUUGGAGACUGGAGAGGAGAACAGAAUCACAUGAUCCGCACCCCCAGCAUGAGGCAGGAGGAGCGCUACCUGGAUAUCAAUGAGUGUAUCCUUGAGAACUACCCUGAGUGCUCCAACCCCAGGUUAUUUUACAUCAUUCCGUAUUUUUGUGGACAGCAUCCCAGAUGCAGGGAGCCUGGUGAGUGGGCCCUUGAAAGAGCAAAACUGAACGUGAAUGAAAACUUCCUGCUUGUGGGGAUUCUUGAAGAGUUGGAAGAUGUGCUGCUUUUACUGGAAAGAUUUUUACCUCAUUACUUCAAGGGUGUGCUCAGUAUCUACAAAAACCCAGAACAUAGGAAACUUGGGAACAUGACUGUGACCGUGAAGAAGACUGUCCCCUCUCCUGAGGCCGUGCAGAUCCUCUACCAGCGAAUGAGAUACGAGUACGAGUUCUACCACUAUGUCCGAGAGCAGUUCCACCUGCUGAAGCGCAAGUUCGGACUUAAGUCUCACGUCAGCAAUCCCCCUCUGAGACCACAUUUGUUUAUUCCAACUCCACUGGAAACCGAGGAGCCAAUUGAUGAUGAGGAACAAGAUGAUGAAAAGUGGUUAGAAGAUAUUUAUAAGAGGUGAUGCAACACUGCGUUGCCUCCUAUGCCUUUAUCUCCCUUUCCAGAAAGUUUUUUGUUUGGAGAAAAAAAAAAAUCCUUAAGGGACUAAAUUAAUGCUCGGCUGCAUUAAAAAGAACAAAACAUUCCCACAUGUUGGGGUCAUUGGGAGAUGCCCGGUUUUGCGGGUUUUAUUUGUUUAAUUUUAUUAUGUGUUUUUCUUGGCUCCUUAGGUCCUUCCCAGGUACACUAGAUGGUUCCAUCACAAGACAUCUUGUCAUAAAAUAGCUUUUUUUCUGCUAGUAUAAUGGGAAAAAGGGAGAUAAAUACGCUCCAUGGCCCAAUAAUUUAUCAUUUGUAAAAUAACUUGUAAAAACAUUACCUCAGUGGUAGGAGACAUCCAGAUUUGUAUAUUUCAGUAGAAAUACAAAACCACUUUAGAGACUAGGGCAUCUAUCUAGAAGGAUCUAAGAGGAGAAGGGAAGUCAGACAAUGAGGACAUCAAAAGAGAAGAUGUCCCUGGACAAGUGGUUUCUACCCACAUUGGAUAGAAUUCUGCCUCUGGUCCAUCUCAGGGGACACCUUCACCAACAGCAGUGUACUUAUCUCUGAAAGAGCAAGUUGGCUUGUGCCACCUCCCCAAGCAAUCCAGAGCCUUGAGCCCCUUUCAAAGGUCAAAGUGCAUGGCAACCUGCAUUGAGGCAUUCCGUCUGCAAGCACCAUCCUAACAGAUUGCAAAGCAGCAGAACAGGGAAAAGAAUUUGCAGCAUAAGAAGGAGUGUAGGCAAGACAGAUAAAAUCUGGAGGUCAUGAGGCAUCAGGAAAAGGGCAUGGUCUCGUCCUUUCAACCCAAUAUGAAACAUCUGUCUCCCUGGUAUUGCUUUAAAUGGAUGCCUCCAGGAACCAGUUUAGUUCUAGCACUUGACAGACUUAGAGGUUCUAAGUCUGACCACAGAUAAUGCGUGAUCUAUCAGUCACACUCCUGAACCAAGUGGGGUCCCAUAGUGCUUGGUAUGUUUCACCUUCUAGUCCCUUAAGAAGAACGUGAUUUCAGUAAGAAGGGGUACUGAGUUCUGUGCAGGCAGCAAUAGAACUACAGUCUUACUUCUUAAGGUACCAGCUCACUCCUGAGCAUCCUUACUGGGGACAUCAAGAAGAGAAGAACCAAGAGCUUCUUGGUAAAAGACUGCUUGACCAGCUUUAUGAGGAGGUGGCUGUCCCCUGUGUGAUCUGAGUAGAUGUUGGGCAGUUCCACUGCCCCGAAGUAUCUCUUCUCCCCACCUCCCAUCCCUAUCACCUGCUGCCUGUCAGUGAUGCCUUUGUCCAGUCAUUAGAGCUGUUUUUUUGGAUUCUCAAGUGUUUUCACUUCUUAAAAAACCCAAGUGAAACCACAUACACACCCAGGUGGAUAAUACAUAGCUAGCUGAGAAGCAGGGGUGCAGGUGGUGGGAGCAGGGAAUGCAACCAGGAAGGACACAUACAACUAGUUUUGCCUACUGCAUACAUUUUCCCCUUGAGCCAGCCCUCCAAGCACACUGUCAAAGUGUGAGUUGGAAAUAUUUAAUAGUGACUAAGACUCUGACUUUACACAAGCUACACAUUUUCUACUUUUCAGAAACAAACAAGUCUCUCUAGAAUUUUUUCUUCCUUCACUACAAUUGGAUGGUAGCCAAGAUAUAAAGCAAGCCAUUUGGAACCUGUCAAGUGCACACUAAAACUGCUUUAUCAUGAGAUGUAUUAAGAAGGCUCCAGCCCCCGAGGAACCCGGUGGAGGCUGGCACCAUCAGAGACACAAAAUCCAGCCCUUGGCCACUUGUGGGCCUUCUUUCUGCCCCCAGAGAACUGGGGCAGAGAAGUGAUUAAAGGAAAUGUUCUUAGAAGAGGAAAUAUCCUUUGUCCUGUUCAGAGAGACCAGGGCCCUCCUGUUUAUUAAGGCAUACUUUAGAAAGCAGCCCAGAAAACAGCUGUCGGAUUCAAAACAAGAACAAGGACCGCUGCCUGGUAUGUUGUGAGUCAUUUCUAUGAAAUUACAUAUAAAGAAUAAGAUUAGUGUACACACUGUGCAAUCUCAUAAUCUGAAAAUUAAGUUGAGCUUCACCUUAGGAGGAAAGGCUCUGCUGUUGUCAGAAUAUAGGAACCGUUGGUCAUUUAAAAAAAUCCAUCCUCUUAGGACAGGUUCACGUGGGCACUUCUCCCUGUGUUUGAAGACGUGUAUUCAGCAGGGAUCCUCUAUAACGUAACAACAAAAGAUGUUGACUGACUGACUUGCAGGGCCCUAAUGUUAUUUUGGCCCAACAAACAGCCCCGAGGUUAUGCCUCUUCUCCCUGAAAGCAAAGGCAUUUCAUCAAUUUAUCUGGAGCACAUGACAAAGUUUCUUUGGCUCUGGGCCCAACACAAUUUGUACUUCAUGAAAUAUAUUGUACAUUUUACAUAGUUUAAUUUAAAAAAUACAUUUUAAGCUGGUUAAUCUUUGACUGCCUUAUUUAUUAUAACCUUUCAGCACAUUCCAAGGUUUUAGUUACUCAGGAAGGAGUUAAUUAAAAUGAUUUUAUUUUGGUCUGAUGGAUGUUUUUUAAAAGGAAAAUUAUUAUUAUAAACCUUUAGCCUACUUUCCUUGAGUGCCGUAAAAGUGCUUGUAAGUCUGUUUUUCUUUUUUUAAAGAAGAAAGGAAAAAAAAAUGGUGUUUGAUGGAAAUUCGAAAAUAUAUAUGGAACUGAAGCAUUAGCUUAGCUAAAAUAAAAGCAAUCUGUGUUUGAGAUGAAGUGUCCCUUAAUUUAUUCAUUAUCCACAUAAAUAAAUGAAUAUAAAUAAGUUGGAUUUUUUUCUCCGUUCUGUUGAUAGCUGGAAAUAAAAGUACCUGCAGUUACUCACAGUACCCUCAGCCUUCUUAAUUGGUCAAGCUUUCCCUCCCCGCCCCUCAAAAUGUGAUUUUGAAAUUCUGUAUUUUAAAAAAAUCUCUAAACUUUUAUUCUGGAAAUUAUAUGACACCAAAAAAGGUGGCUGAA